AUGCCAGGACUUAUUUUAUUUAACAGACGGUGGGCUGUUGGCAGCGAUGAUUUUGUCUUUCCAUGUCUGGCAGAAGCGUUGGUCAGGAUUGUAUGGUUAAUGAUACUGGCCAUCAUAUUUGCUAGUCACCAUUAUGGCUUGAACUGUGACCAUGGCAGUGAACUGAGGGCUUUCUACAUAGGGAGUCUGGUCCUAAACUGUACUGCCAUCAUCAUCUUAGCCAUGUUACUUCACAUUAGUAUGCAGGGUACAAUAAUAGAUGUCAUCCCUCGAAGAAACAUCAAUAAAUGGUUAUAUGCAAAGCUGUUCCUUUUCUUUCUGGAACUUGUGUGGCUGUGUAUCUCCACCUACUGGGCUUUUGCUCAUUCAUUCACCUGUAACUGGACAAUUGUAAUGACAGCUCGAGGUGCAAUUAUUUGCACUUGGGUCAUGGCUUUUGCCAUAUUUGUUGCCAUCCUAAUAGUGUUUGAUCCAAUGGGCUCAGUGAAGCAGCGACAGUCAAUUAGCUGCAGCAUGAGACGUGGCAAUGAGGCUGAAUUAAUCAUGGCAGAAGCAUCAGCCAACAAGGUCUGGGAGACAAGAUGCCGAGUUCUGUGUUGCUGUAUAGCUUGCAAUCCUGACACCAGGCAAGCUUUCAGUGAUGUUAGUAAAGUGAUCGCAGCAUUUUUUGAAGAGAUAGACCUAGUUCCCACAGAUAUUGCUGCAGGCUUGGUGCUAGUUCAGCAGCAACAGUCAAACAGGAGCAGCCUGCUGGCUUCAGUUGUCUCACCUAGAAGCUCACUUCAAAGAGAAUCAGUCAUGCUUAGAGAAUGUGGUGCUUCUGCUAUUCCAGAGCCCAAACCUUGGAUGACAAUUCCCAGCAUGCUGCACUACAUGAAAUAUGCAAUGGGUAGCUACGGCUGGCUUUUCUUUAUUUAUGAUCAUCUGACUACAGGAGUCUGUCAACUGUGUCCAUAUUAUAGGUUUGGUUCAUGCGUUCGCACAUCUAAUAGUGUGAUGAGUGACAACUGUUGUCAGUGUAACACAGCUGCCAUCAAGGAACUGACUGGCAUCUCUGAUGAAGACUUAAUCUAUGUUACGUUCCAUAACAAGUUCAAGCAAGUGCCAUUUUAUGUGGUGAUUGACAGGGAAACACAGUCAGUUGUCAUCAGCAUACGGGGUACUCUUUCUUUCCAGGAUGCACUGGCUGACUUGUCUGGUACCGGAUCCACACUUGAAAUCCCAGGCAUCUCACACAGUUACUGCCAUUCUGCCAUGUUGGACUGUGCCAAUUAUAUUCUUGAACAGUUACAGUCUCAACAAAUUCUGGCCACAGCCUUCGCUAGGCUUCAGACAGAAUCCAAAUUAGUCAUCACUGGUCACAGCUUGGGAGGUGGAGUGGCAGCCAUUUUAGCUGUAUUGCUGCGACCAGAGUAUCCUGACCUCAUAUGUUUUUCAUUCUCUCCCCCUGGUGGGCUUAUGAGCCCUAGUGCCAGGAGAUACACACAAGACUUUGUUUGCUCUGUCAUUCUUGGUCAAGAUCUGGUGCCAAGAUUGGGGAUGUACACCCUUAUGGAUCUGAAAGUCAGUAUUCUCAGCGCCAUCUGUAACUGCACUGAGCCUAAG